GUCAGCUUCUCCCCACCCUCCUUGAGAAAGUCGAGUACCAAACCAACAUGCACCGAGCAAGCAUUGAUAAACAGAAUACAUCUUGUACCAUUUCAACCGUCGACUGACAUUCAUUCCAUCUCAUCAACGCGGGGGAGUCCUUCUUUCCCGGCUCGGCCAGCACGUUUUUAAUUAAGGUUUCGCACGAACAACUCAGAACUGCUUGCGCAACCAUGGAACAACAAACAGCACAGCUGCCACCCAAAAAGAGCACGCCAGCUCGGCGACGCCCCAUGCGGCCUGUGAACUCGCCCGCUCGCAAGACGUACGCCUCAGAGAACGACAUGCCGAGCGAAGCCACAUUCCCACUCGAGAUCGCGGGGCCUUUCACGCCCAGGAAGUCCGCCUCAAACAGCUCGGCACCGCCAUCGCAGCCCAAUCAAGGCAAAUCUAAACCGCGGAACGGGAACAAGGGACGGGUCAAGCAAGUCUCGUCGCCGGGGCCUGGCAAGCAAGGGCGGACAACACCUCCGCACUCAACAACAUCCAAGCCAAUUGCUACAGCCGCUUUUGCCGGCGCGACAUUCCACGCGUCCCCGGCUCCCUCCUCCCUCCCGAUCCCAAGCUUCUUGUCCAAGGCCCUGGACUCGCCCUCAGUGCAGGAAACAGACCAUGCCAGUCGCGAGCCUUCGCCGCCUGCGACCGAUUCCGAGGCAGCCCCCACACCGCAGCACCGUCUGCUAUCCGCAAAUGAUGCCCGACAAGAGUCACCCCUUGAUAUCUUCUUCCGUGCAGACCGGGCUGAGAAAGAGCGGGCGCGCCGCGCAAGCUCUGCCAACAUUCUCGGGCAACGUCCGAUUCCUCUUUCUCCUCCCUCUCAUGUACGCUCUCCGGCGGAGCCCAGAACUGUCCCCAGCGGACGGUUUGGUACUGGCACCCGCCGGCCUGUGCCCCAGCGCAAUUCAUCCGCCGGCAUCCCCGCCAGCGAGCUUGAUGGCACACCCGAAACGGUGAUUGGGCCGGCGCUCUCCAAGCCUUACCAGGAACGUAUUCGCGAGGCCAUAUCCAACAAGAAGCAGGGCGACGCCGCUCAGAAGCCCACGCCACUGCAGGACCAGGCGGCAAUAGACAUGAGCGAGCGGCUGAAGCAGUUUCUGGCUAUACCCUCGAUCCGGAGCGGGCAACAGCCUUCUCAAGCGCCCGAGACGUCCCCGCAAGGACCUACUGAUGCGCCGCCGCAUCCUUUCUCGUCAGGGCCCCAGCCUCCGCACCCAUCUGGCUUCCUGCCUGCUUUCUCGGUGGGAUCCCAGCCCCCUCCAUCUGCCGCUUACCACACGCCACCACCCUUUGCCACGGGGACUCAACACCCGGUCCUCGCACCUUCGGCUCCGGUCUCUAUGACUUCUCCGGCUGUGAACGGGAGUCGUUCGGCCGACAUUUUGCACAUGGAGGAGAGCCUGCGGCGCAUGCUGAAGCUGAACCUCAGCCCGGCCCCGGCAGGACCUCAGCCGACUAAGUACCAGAGCUCCUGAACAGGAUGGAGGAGUUGGCCAGUGGACGGUAUUACUUGGCCAAUAGUGGGGUUGGGAAGAAAAACAUAUUUGGAGCAGCCUUCUCUGGGUCAGUUCGUCAUUGGGAUCUCC